AGAUAGUGGAAUGUGUACAAAGCCUAAGAGCGUGUAAUCGGCGUUACGCUAUCAGUCUUGAAUAAAUGUUGAAUUAUCGGUUUUUAUAUCACUUACCAACUCGAGUUCAUUUAAUUCAGGAUGGCUGACAGAUCGUAUAGUAGAGUAGACCAGCAGUUGCAUACUAAUGUUAAUGGAAGUUCGGGCAAUGUGCAAGGCGAGUCGAAUAAUGACGAACAAGGAAGAAUAGACUGCAAGAAAAGCGGUUGUGACGAUUUAUGUAAGCCUUGCAGCAAAAAAAAGAUUGCUCUUGAAAUCGUAAAUCUGGGUACCGCGGUAUAUGGAGCUAUUUUGGCAUGCAUGUUCCGUAAACACGAAAGCAACAUUUAUGCCAUUCAGCAGCUACUACAAAUCUAUGGGCUGGAAACGAAUGUCGGACGUGUCAGAUGUGGAAUAAAAGUUUGCAGUGUAAUGGUGUCGAUAAUUUUAGGACUCAAAACACUCAUUUGCAUAUAUGAACAAAUUAAAUGCAAGUGUAAAAUUUUGCAAUCGCCUGGCGUAUUUAUUGACAAAUUUAAACUGAUAGAAUCAAAAUGUACAGAAAAGAAAUUACCUGAAGUUUUAAUUGCCUUGUACACAAUAUUUGGAGCAGUGAUGUUUGUUGCAUAUCUUACCUUUGGAUUCGAAUCUGCCACGUUUGACUGUCAGUUUGACGAUGGUCUAGAGGUGACGUUGAAUAAUUCAGUAAACGACGAUUACAUCGUGGGAAAGGGUUUGGUUGCAAAGGCAUGGGACGAGGUGCAGUUAGAGCUGUCUUGCUGUGGCGUUGUUGGUCCAAAGGACUACUCAGAACUUAAGUUUAACGACGGGAAUUAUGUGCCGGUCACAUGUUGCAAACAACGACCAUUCAACGAAACCAUGUGUCAAUUUGAGGCAUAUCAGCUGCAACACAAUCAGACAAACGAUGGAAGAUUUGUAAAUAAAGUGGGCUGCUUUGGACAGAUCAAAUCAAAAUUCCAUGACUAUCUAACAAAUAUGGAGGUGCACUCAUUCGUUAUAAGUGGACUGCAGUUGUUAUGUUUUAUUAUGGCGUUGAUCGUCGUUUGCUGUGGCUGAUGUACGCAACGAACAUUUGAACUUUGAAUCACUGAAGAUUGGAUUGGCGAAUGCUGAAUUUAACGUUGUUAUUAUUGUUACUGUCAUCAAUGCAGUGUAAUUACUCUAAGCAAAACGAGCAGUUUGGGAUGUUUAAGUUUGCAUAACUAUCAAUUUUUCAUAACCUAUUAUGCAUGAAGCAACGAUAUUAAAGAUAUUAAAACCAA